UGUCCCGGAAAUUCAAGUCGGGUGUGCUGGUUCGUGAGUCCGGGAGGGGAAGGAUGGCGGGAGCGGUGCGGGUUCGCCUGAUGUCGCUCGCCCUUUGCACGCGUUUAGCGUUUAGACCGCAUUGCUUCCCGCGCUGCUGUCCUGUCCGGACCCUGGUCACCGCACCCCCGGUCAAAGGAAGGCAGAAGGGCUUCAAGAAACCUGGGCCGGUAACUUGGAAGAGUUUAGCAGUCACGGUUGUGAUUGGAGGUGGGAUGCUGGGACUACUGAAAUAUUUAAAGAAAAAGAAAGAAGCAGCAUUGGAGAGAGAGAGUAUUCGAUCCAUUGGAAAGCCUUUGUUAGGAGGCCCUUUCUCACUUGUUGAUCACCAUGGACAAUCAAAAUCAGAUCGUGAUUAUCUGGGCCAGUGGGUUUUAAUCUACUUUGGUUUUACACAUUGCCCUGACAUUUGCCCAGAAGAACUGGAGAAAAUGAUGCUAGCAGUGGAUGAAGUUGAUAGAAUCGCAUCUUUGCCUAAUGUCACUCCACUCUUCAUCACCAUUGAUCCAGAGAGGGACAAUGAAGAAGCCAUUGCCAAAUACGUCAAAGAAUUUUCACCAAAGUUGAUUGGUUUGACCGGUACGAAAGACCAGAUUGAUCAGGUGUCUCGCGCCUAUCGUGUCUACUACAGCCCUGGUCCCAGAGAUGAGGAUAAUGACUACAUAGUGGAUCACACUAUCAUCAUGUACCUUAUUGGGCCUGAUGGGAAAUUUGUUGAUUAUUUUGGCCAAAAUAAGACUAACACUGAAAUUGCCGCCAACAUCCUAAAGCACAUGAAACAAUACAAGAAAGAAUAAAGGACUUAGAUUUCUGACUGUCAGGCAAGCAUGUCUAAAAUGCAUUAAUUGUAAUGCAUUUUGCGUCACGUUAAUUGGAGGAAAUACACAGAUGGUCUGCUGUGGCGUCUUCUUCGUGCUGUUAAAUUUACUAAACCUAUACCUACAGACUAAGACUCAGUUCUGAAGAGAAGCUGAAUGUCUUUCACCAAUGAUAUUUUUCCAGAUAUUAUGCUCUGGAUAUGCCUUAGCCAUACAGUGGCUUAUUGAAAGCUUUUGGUGUUGAUGCAGUUUUACCACCAAACAUACGCUACAAUGCUCUCUUCAUUAGAAGUUCUUGUUCUUGACAUGCUGAAGAGACACUACUGAACUGACCUGUAUUGAAGAUACCAUUGGGAUUUGUCUUCUCUCAAGUUUGAUGCAUUCCUCUUAGGAAGUGGAGCUUCUGGUCCUUUCUCAGUGAACAUUUCCAGAGAGAUUUAGAGUGUCACUUUUUGUUUUUUUUAAAUAAUCAGUUAAUCAUAAUCAAUAUGGCUGUUCUUAGACAACAUGGUAGGAUGGGAAGCUUCACUCUAAAAUCAAGUGUGGUGCACAGAUGAUGAAAUAAAGUGAAAGAAAAUUAAAA